AUGAACCAAUCACCCAACGAUCCUUUUACCCAGGAAAUUCGGCUGCUGAGAGCUGAUUACGAGGGGAAAAAAGAGCGCUCUAACCUAGGGUAUUCUGGUGGCCGACGGAUCAUCGAUCUCAGUUUGGAUAUGAUUGAUAAUGUUCUCUGCUAUACGUAUUGGUAUGAGCGCCAGUGCAUCCGACUGGCUGAUAUACCCGGCACUCUUUCUGGUGAUGUCCUCCGCCUACACCAAAAUCUUCCCGUCUCAGUCGACGCCGGCGACCACGAAAUCAUCGGUGACCAAAUACGCGCCAUCGAGAACGCACUACCACUUCCGGAGCUAGACGAUGACUCCGAGGAACUUGAUACAAUUCUUGCCUCGCUCCCAAUAGUCGAAGUCGAUCCCAGCAAACAUUUUGUCAAGCAAGGCAAAUAUAAGAGCGAGAUUCGAAAUCUGCUCGAAUGCCAAGGUGGCUCCUGCCCGGGAGUGGCAAAAUCAUCUCACAUCAUUCAAUUACUGGGAAAGUCACCAGAGGGGAGGCUGGUUUUCGAGAGAUUCAAGCCACGAUACGUCUUAGGGUACAUCUACCCCCUUGCGACCUACAAAGACUGGAUUCUGCAGAUAAUCUCCGCGAUGAAGUGGGUUCAUUCCCUUGGGACUAUUCAUCGUGAACUCCGCAUCGACAAUAUUGUCUUCUCCUCUGACACGUCUCGCGUGCUUAUAUGCGAUCUUGAGAGCCGUUGGGGAAAUCGUUUGGCUCCUGAGGUUUCUCGCGAGCCCGUUUUGAACGCGGGCUGGACUGAGAAAUCGGAUGUUUAUGAUCUCGGCUAUCUUAUAAAGGGCAUGAUAUACGGAAACGUUCCGGUUACGAAUGCGGUGGAAUGGCCUGUUCCCCUUCCUCUGACUGCCGUUGUGGAAACUUGCACCCGCAAUAGGCCUGAAGAUCGCGCUAGUUUGGAUGAAAUUUACGCUAUGGUUGACAAUAUCAAGAUUGCAAUCUAA